AAGAUUGCAGCCAGUGCAUGCAGAGUCAUACAGACUGAGAAGCAGCAGAGAGUGUCUGUGAGUGUGUGACUGAUCAUCUGUGUGAAUAAAAUCAUAAUAAUAAUAAAAGACUCACUUGGGUGUACCGUGUGAACAGAAGGCUGAUCUCAGAGCAGAGGAGACAGGAUCACAGUGAAGGAGGAGGAAGGUGAUAAGAGUCAGAGACAUCAGAGCGUGGAACAGGUUCCUUCUGCAGCACUCAGCCUCAGCAGACAUGCCCAACUUUGCCGGCAACUGGAAGAUGAAGAGGAGUGAGAAUUUUGAUGAACUUCUCAAAGCCCUUGGCGUGAACGCCAUGCUGAGGAAGGUGGCUGUGGCUGCGGCCUCCAACCCUCAAGUGGAGAUCCGUCAGGAUGGUGAGCAGUUCUACAUCAAAACGUCCACCAGUGUGCGCACCACCGAGAUCAACUUCCACAUUGGUGAAGAGUUUGACGAGGAGACGGUGGAUGGACGAAAGUGCAAGAGUCUUGCCACCUGGGAGACAGAAAACAAGAUUCACUGUCAGCAGACUCUGGUGGACGGUGAUGGCCCCAUAACCUACUGGACCCGAGAGCUGAACGGGGAUGAGCUCAUACUGACGUUCGGGGCAGAUGACGUAGUGUGUACGAGGAUUUACGUCCGGGAAUGAAACAUUCAUCUUGACGAAGCACAUUUAAGCCUGCCAUGCUAACUUACUAACCCAUUUACCAAGUACUUUCUGUAAUCUCUCAGUAUCAGUCAUAAUAAUCUCCAUAUACAGUAGCUACAUUUCUGUAAUUUGUUUAUUUGUGGUGAACUUUGUGUCUGCAGUGCAGUAGCUGGAUAUCUGUGUCCAUAUCUGCAACCCUGGUCAGCUGUUAAUAUAGGAAUGACUCAUCACUUACUUCAAUCAAGUGUUCAUGUUUGAUUAAAGGAAAUGUUAAAAAACAAAUAAAAAAAAGGGAACAAACAGCA